UACAGUGACAAAUCUGGUCUCGUGACCCCAUUUUAAAUUUUCAGCAGUUCGAAAUGGUCACAAGAUAUUUAGCAACAAAACCUGAAAAUAUUGGGCUUUGCCGCUAGGAAAAGGUCGAUAAUGAGCGGUGGCCGCUGAGACAAGUCGAAAUAAGUGUGGUGCUGCAACAGCUUGUAAGUUAAUUCCUGUAAAUAAUGGAAUCAAAAUAGGUACAGCUACUAUUUAUUUCACUUGUAUCUGCCACAGGGUAAGCAGCAACACAGGGUCGCAUCGUCACCAUGCAGCGCUUUUCAAGCCGCGGCAAAUUUAAAAUGGGGUCACAUGACCUUUGUCGCUACAAACGAGCGUCGAGCGGCUCCAUGAGGCCAAACCUUUAACAAUACUAAUGUCUAACUAAUCUGUAGUCGUUUGUGUUUAAAUAUCGAAUAUGUUUUUAUGUCACAUUGUCUCUGAGCUGUCUGUCAUAUUCUUGCAGUAUAAAUAUAACCUCAAUGACAUGAACCCUUGAAACUUUAAAUAAAAUCAAAAAUACUUAAAAUUGUAUGUGACUGCAUAAUUUUAAAUAAUUAUGUAUUGUAUUAGAAAAGUUAUAACAUCCGUGCUUAUAAGCCGUGAAAGACUUAUCCAUUCUAAUAAGCAAAUUACCGUUGCCCCAUUCCAAGCAUGCGUAACAUUCAAUAAUCAUCCAAGAUGUUAUUCAAUUCAAAAAACAAGUGACCCAGAUCAAGUGGUGGAUCUCAUAUGUAAAGGUAAUGCCGAACUUGAAAAGAAAUUGAGAAUAUUAAUGCUAGAAGUAGAGGUGAUGCGCCAGGACGGACGCUUUGCACCGGACUCAAUUAACAAUGAUCAGUGGCAACACUUAUUAGAUUUAAAAACUAAAAAUCAGCGCCAAAGUUACUUGAGAUAUUUGUUCAAAACUGAAAAAUCUAAGGAAAAUUUCAAGGCUAAAAAAGAAGCAAGAAGAAAAGAGUUUACUGUCCCAAAGCCUGAAGAUAUGAAAGAAAAUAAAGAUGACCUUUUAUAUGGCAUACAACAUCAAUCACUGUUUCUACGCAUUAGAGACCAAUCAAUCAACCAGUUUGAUAACUACAGGGCUCUUCAAGCUAUGAUGUAUGGUCAAUCAAUUGUAAUAGACUGUUCUUAUGAAAGCCACAUGGUGUAUAAAGAAACUGUGAAUGCUGCUAAACAAAUGACAUUUGUUUUUGGCGAUAACAGAGUGCAUAAAAACCCCUUUAACUUGCAUUUGUGCAAUGUAAAUAUGACAGGUGCUUUUAUGAAACAGAUGUUGAAAAAUAUACCAUCAUUAGAUGAGCCAUGGUUUCCUAUGAAUAUUCAUACUAAAAGCUAUUUGGAUGUAUUCCCAAAGGAAAAGCUUGUAUAUUUGACCCCACAUUGUCGAGAAGAAUUAACAAAAUUUGAUCAUGACGCUGUAUAUAUAGUUGGAUGCAUGGUUGACAAGGUUAACAAUGAACCCCUUUCCCUUGCUAAAGCUAAAAGAGAUGGCAUAAAGAUGGCUAAACUACCACUGGACAGAUACUUAGAAUGGGCACCUGGUUCUAAGAAAAAUCUCAAUAUUAACCACAUGAUACCUAUUCUGCUAGAUUUAAAGAUGACUGCCGAUUGGGAAUAUGCAUUACAACAUGUCCCUAGAAGAAAACUUAUGGAAACUAAAAUAAUGGCAAUGCAGAAAAAUCUAAAUCAAAAAUUACAAUAUGAUGUCAAGAAGAACAUUAAACUUUCUAAGUUGAACACAUUAGUAUUUAAGGAAAAGAGACUUAAAUCUAGGAGGUCUUUGUAUGAUGAUGAAAAUAUAUAAAAUACCAAUUGAAA